CAGACCGUAAAACGAACCAUUGGUUUUCCAGAACCGGAAAUUGGGAACAUCGUGAAAUCAGUUUCUCUUUUUUGGUCUUUCCCCUUCCCUCCAUCGGCAUAGGAAUCCUCAAAGGCGAAAAUGGCGGCGAUUAGGACGACGACGAACAUGAUCCUGCCGCGUCGGAGACAAUGGAAGAAGUCUUCGGUUCCUCGUGGUUUCCGGUUCGCGGCGGAGACUUCCCAGUGGGGGAGAUCGGAAGGUCUCUUCGAUCUACAGGGAACGAGCUUACUCCGCAGAUUUCUUCUGUGUUUGAAGUGAAUUCCAAAGCCCGACAUGCCCUUCAAUGCGGAAAUGCAUUCCGCCUAAGUGACAGGAUCAGGCAGAGGAUUAUGCAGAUGGAGAAGAAUGGUAUUAACAAAGAGGGAGAGCUAUCAGCUAACCAAAACUAUAACACAGAAGUCAGUUUUUGUGUAAUAAUCCGAACAGGAGAAGAUUAUCCAUGCAACCGAAUAUGUACCUCCACCUCCAGUACAAGAACAGAAGAAGAAGAAGAAGAAGAUUGUAAAGAUGUAGGAGUAGGAACUUAUCUUGUAAAUGUAUUAAAACUCCCUAAUCUAUAAACUUAGCUUGUAUCUCAUCAUAUAUAUCAGUUGUAAUUGCAAUGUACAGACCAAUCAAAUUGUGUUGUCCCUAUUUUC